CCUUCUCGCUUCCCUGAAAGGGAAAGGUCGUCUUGGCCUGAUUGUCAGCUCCUGGUAGAGAGCGGUGAAUGGUGGUGGUGGCUUCGGUUUGUUCCUUAUUGUGAAGGCUUGGAGGGAUGCUGUGUUGGUCAGUGACUUUGUUGAAGUCUGAGAGAGUUGAAACAAAUUUGCAGAUGACACACAACUUCUAAGGAAUCUCCUGUUGAAUGGAAGAUAAAGGCUCCUUCAUCUGAAGUCCUUUUAGUCGGAGAGAGAGCUGUCUUCAGCACCUCACCAUGUGUCUACUUUUUGUUGCUUAGAUGAGCCUGGGAUUUCUAUAACAUUUGCAUUCCAUAUUGGACGAAGAGAUUUCUGUAGAUGAAAAAAUGCCUUUGUUUAGUAAAUCACAUAAAAAUCCAGCAGAAAUUGUGAAAAUUCUGAAAGACAACUUAGCCAUUUUGGAAAAGCAAGACAAAAAGACAGACAAGGCUUCGGAAGAAGUGUCGAAAUCACUGCAAGCGAUGAAAGAAAUUCUGUGUGGUACAAAUGACAAGGAACCCCCUACAGAGACUGUGGCUCAGCUAGCACAAGAACUCUACAGUAGUGGGCUGCUGGUGACACUGAUAGCUGACCUGCAGCUGAUAGACUUUGAGGGCAAAAAAGAUGUGACCCAGAUAUUUAACAACAUCCUGAGAAGACAGAUAGGCACUCGAUGUCCUACUGUGGAGUUCAUUAGUGCUCAUCCUCAUAUCCUGUUCAUGCUCCUCAAAGGAUAUGAAGCCCCACAGAUUGCCUUACGUUGUGGAAUUAUGCUGAGAGAAUGUAUUCGAUAUGAACCACUUGCCAAAAUCAUCCUCUUUUCUAAUCAAUUCAGAGAUUUCUUUAAGUAUGUGGAGUUGUCAACAUUUGAUAUUGCGUCAGAUGCCUUUGCUACUUUUAAGGAUUUACUAACCAGACAUAAAGUGUUGGUAGCAGACUUCUUAGAACAAAAUUAUGACACUAUUUUUGAAGACUAUGAGAAAUUGCUUCAGUCUGAGAAUUAUGUGACUAAGAGACAAUCUAUAAAGCUGCUGGGUGAACUGAUUUUGGACAGACACAACUUUGCCAUUAUGACGAAGUAUGUCAGCAAGCCAGAGAACCUCAAACUGAUGAUGAACCUCCUUCGAGAUAAAAGUCCCAACAUUCAGUUUGAAGCCUUUCAUGUCUUUAAGGUGUUUGUGGCCAGUCCUCACAAAACACAGCCUAUUGUGGAGAUUCUGUUAAAAAAUCAACCCAAACUCAUUGAGUUUCUGAGCAGCUUCCAAAAAGAAAGGACGGACGAUGAGCAGUUCACUGAUGAGAAGAACUACUUGAUUAAACAGAUUCGAGACUUGAAGAAAACGGCCCCUUGAAGUCUCACUCAGUUCCCUGCCAGUCACUGUCUUGUCUGCUUAGUUUGUACAAAAAGUGUCAUUUCAUAAAGUAAUCACUCUUGGGAAGGCUUUAGAGGUACCUAUUUUUUCUCAAUUUAUUUUCAGCAUAGAUGGAAUAUAAACAUUUGAAUGAAAAAAUUAACCUAGAAUAAUAUAUUCAUUUUAAUCAAGUCUGUGAUUAUGUGACAUCAGAACCAUUGUAUUAGACACUGAUAAAAGCAAUUGUAACCCUUUGUUGAUGAAAGGCACCUGGGCUGUGGGCUUGCAGACCUGAGCUCUCAGUCCCCAUGAGCCCCUAAGGAGGAACCCAAGUGAUGGACCACUGAGUCCUCAAAGAGAAUUAAAUUCUCAGAGGAAAGAAGGGAAUGGGGCAGAAGGCACAAGACUGUUUUACUUAUCUGCACUUAGGCAAAAUUUCUUAAGGCACUGAAAGAUCUGAAAAAAUAAGACCCAUGUUUUCAGUCAUUACAUAUUCUUGUUCCCUACCCAUAUCUUUUCUUUUUU